UAUGCCUGCACAGUUUCUUUCUCGGGUGGUCGUCAGGGGUCGUCCUCCUCAAAUCUUCCUCUUUCUCCUCUUCUUCAGUGUAUACAGCUGGGUGACCUCUUCUUCAUUAUCUCCAUUUUGCAAGCUCAGCAACCUUGUUAUCCGUCCUGCCCAGAUGGUCCCAGGCUUGUUGGCAUAUCGGGCCCCCUUUAUCAGGAUGCCUCAAACUUUUUGUCUUUUUUCUAGUUCGUACCCAAGGACUGUUCCCUAAUUUACGGCUUCUCUUAUCUGGUUUCUACAUUCCAACUAUUUUACUAAUUGUUUUCUUUCAUACUGGAGCAUGAGACAGGUGAACCCUGAGUUUGUGGGGCCUGACGCAAGUGUUGCCAAAUUAUAUAUUCUGUUUUAAAAUUGUUCUACGCUAAUUAGUUUCCCUUAUUCAGCUUUCCCAAGACGGGUCCAUGGUAGAGUUUGGGGGAAAGACCCAAAGAGGCCUGCCUGGAGCAGCAGGGAGAGAGUUUUGCUCCACCCUCUGGGCUGUGGUUUGGAGGCCUCUUUGAUCUGGCAGAGGCAGCAGAAGACGGGAAGUUGCAAGCAUCAGGACCCUCGUGCUGGCAGGUCCUUGGGCACCCCACGAAGGGAGAGCGUGACAUGGUCCUCAUUUUCCUGGCAGCCCUGGUGGAACUGGCAGACUUUGGUCAUGCCCAAAAGGACUCUGUGCUCCAGUUCCCAGCAGAAAUGACCAUCCAGGUGGGACACAACGCGACUCUGCACUGCAAUUUCUCCACCAGCUAUUCCAAUCCAUACAUGUUUUGGUACCAGCAGUGCCAGACUCAGUCCCCUCAGAUGCUGCUGCGGGUGGACAAAUGGAAACCUCAAGUGGAUUCAGGGAGGUUCUCCUCUACACUGUCUGUGGAGACCUCGCAGGUGUUUCUGCAUGUGCGGGAUGCCGAGCUCCAGGACGGCACUGCCUAUUUCUGUGCACUGAGCCCACAGCAGUGCCCACAGGGAAUCACCAGUGCUGGAGGGAGCCCCUAUGUUCCUGAGUCCAUGACAGUUUCUCUGUCCAACAGCUGGACCAUCCAGGCAGGACACAACACAACGCUGCACUGCGAUUUCUCCACCACCGAUCCCAAUCCCUACAUCUACUGGUACCAGCAGCUCCCAAACCAGUCCCCUCAGGUGCUGCUGUGGUCUACCACAACCCUGAGCCUCCCAGCAGACUCUCUGAGAAUGAAGCAGCGCCCACAGGAGAAGAAGAAAGACCUGGGGAGUUCCUACUGCCAUUUGGACCUGCACAAGUUCACUGGAUGA